CCUGGGGCUCCGGGAAUGCCGAGCCGGCUCUCGGGGGCUGACGGGCGGCAUUCCCGGCAGGAAGCGGUGCGGCUGGCGCGGCAGAAGGAGCGGGAGCUGUCGGAGCGCGGCGAGCGCUGCAACGCCUCGGUGCUGGAGCUGUGGGAGCGCUGCAAGCCCUGCCUGCGGCAGCGCUGCCUGCGCUUCUACUCCCGCACCUGCCGCAGCGGGGCCGCGCUGGUGGGCCGGCAGCUGGAGGAAUUCCUGAACCACUCGUCUCCCAUCUCCAUCUGGGUGGACGGCGAGCGCCUGGACUCGCUGCUGGAGCGCGACGAGCGCCAGGAGCGGCAGCUGGAGGACCUGGAGGAGCGUUUCGGGAUCCUGGAGGAGGGGAUCGACGGGAUUUACCGGGACAGCUCGCUGCUCCAGGGCCGGGGGGGGGGGGGGGGGGGCUUCCCGCGCCGCUUCCGCCGCUUCUCCGGGGAUCUCUUCCCGCUUUUCCAGAGCCCGCACGGCGGCUUCCAGCAGCUCUUCCAGCCGCUCUUCCACAUGACCCAGCGCAUGCUGGAGGGCGCCCACGGCAGCUGGGAGCUUCCCUUCGGAGAAUCCCGGAAUUUCAGCGAUGACCGGAUGGUUUGCCAGGAGAUCCGGCGGAACUCGGCCGGCUGCCUGCGGAUGAGGGACGAGUGCGAGCAGUGCCGGGAGAUCCUGGCGCUCGACUGCGGGCAGGAGGAUCCGUCCCAGCAGGAGCUGCGGGAGCAGCUGGAGGACGCCGUGCGCGUGGCCGAGCGCUUCACGCGCCGCUACGAUUCCCUGCUCCGGGAAUUCCAGGAGGAAAUGCUCAACACCUCGGGGCUCCUGGACCAGCUGAACCGCCAGUUCGGCUGGGUGUCCCGCCUGGCCAACUAUUCCCUGGGACCCGAGGGGUUCCUGCAGGUCACCACGGUGCUGUCCAAGGCCCCCCAGGCCCAGGAGCCGUCGGCGCCGCCGGACACGCAGGUGACGGUGCAGCUCUUCGACUCGGAGCCGCUGGAGCUGACCGUGCCCGGGGACGUCCCCUGGGACCACCCCAAAUUCAUGGACAUCGUGGCCGAGCAGGCGCUCCAGCGCUUCAAGGAGAACGCUGUAGAGUAGCCGGGCGAUCCCGCUGCUGCCGCCCCUCCGGACCCCCCUUCCAGGGGGGAAUGGCCACCGCUGGCACCUCGCCCCUCCUCACCCUUCCUGCUGCCGCGGCCCUGCGGGGCCCCAGAGGGAAAAUAAUAAAGGUAGAGUUGAACACCCCUGCA